AUGCCAAUGCUGCCAGCACCACCGCUUCCCACCUUCACCAUCUUCCUAUCCACCCUCAUUACUAUUUUGGCCACUCCCACCCAUUUCGACUUCGACAAUCUCACCCUCACCACUCUCAACCUCCUCGGCGAUGCCCACAUCACCAACGACACCAUCACCCUCACCGCUCAUCCUUCCGUCCCCAACUCCGCCGCCUCUAGAGCUCUCUACUCCAACCCUCUCCCUUUCCGCCACCCCACCACAUCCGCCCCCGCCUCCUUCUCCACAUUCUUCUCCUUCUCCAUCACCAACCUCAACCCUUCCUCCAUUGGUGCCGGCCUUGCCUUCCUCAUCUCCCCCGACGACCACUCCCUCGGCGAUUCCGGCCCCUCCUUAGGCCUUUCCGGUCCCGACGCCGCCCCCAACUUCGUCGCCGUUGAGUUCGACACCCUCAUGGAUAUCCAGCUCAACGACAUUAACGGCAACCAUGUCGGCAUCGACCUCAACGGCGUUGUUUCAACUCAGGCUGCCGAUUUGGGAACCCUCGAUAUCGACCUCAAGAGCGGCGACACCGUCAACGCAUGGAUCCUAUACGACGCAACCACCAAUGACUUCACCGUUUCGGUCUCCUACUCCAAUGUCAAGCCCAAAGAUCCCAUUUUGAAGCUGAAUCUCGAUAUGGCUCAGUACGUUAACGAUUUCAUGUACGUUGGGUUUUCUGGGUCUACCCAAGGUAGCACCGAGGUUCACAGUAUCCAGUGGUGGAGCUUCACUUCUAGCUUCGAUUCUGGGCCGUUGGAUUCCGCGCCGCCUCCUCCAACGGCUACUUUAACCAACCCAAGUGCCAGUAGUAGUUCUGCCUCGCUGGCACCACCUUCAUUGGCUCCUUCCGGUGCUGAAGAACGGAAGGAAGACGGUAAAUCGGGUUGCCACAAUGGGUUGUGUAAGAACGGUGUCGGUGUUGGUGCUGUUGCUGGUGUUGUUACUGCGGGUGCUUUUGUUCUUGCUCUAUUUGCUGGUGUGUUGAUUUGGGUUUACUCUAAAAAGGUGAAGCCUUUCAAGAGGCUCGAUUCUCUUGGUUCUGAGGUUAUUAGAAUGCCUAAGGAGUUUACCUAUAAGGAGCUUAAAUUGGCAACGAAUUGUUUCAGUGUUAAUAGGGUCAUUGGCCAUGGUGCAUUCGGUACUGUCUAUAAGGCAAUUUUGCCUGCGAAUGGUGACAUUGUUGCUGUCAAGAGGUGCAACCAUGGUGGUGAUCAGGGCAAGGAUGAGUUCUUGUCUGAGUUGUCCAUAAUUGGGACACUGAGGCACCGGAACCUGGUUCGCCUUCUGGGAUGGUGCCAUGAGAAAGGGGAGAUUUUGUUAGUUUAUGACUUGAUGCCUAAUGGGAGUUUAGAUAAGGCCUUGUAUGAGGCGAAAACACCUUUGCCUUGGGAUCAUCGGCAAAAAAUCUUGUUGGGUGUGGCAUCUGUUUUGGCCUAUUUGCAUCAUGAAUGUGAGAAUCAAGUGAUUCACAGGGAUAUUAAGACUAGCAACAUAAUGUUGGAUGAAGGGUUCAAUGCCCGGUUGGGUGACUUCGGAUUGGCGAGGCAGACGGAGCAUGACAAGUCCCCAGAUGCCACCGUGGCCGCUGGAACAAUGGGAUACCUCGCCCCGGAGUAUGUCCUCACGGGAAGAGCCACUGAGAAAACAGAUGUAUUUAGUUACGGUGCUGUGGUUCUUGAGGUUGCUAGUGGGAGAAGGCCUAUAGAGAAAGAUGCUAAUGGUGUUGGUAGAGUUGGGGUUAGCAGCAAUCUGGUGGAAUGGGUUUGGAGCUUGCACCAAGAAGGAAAGUUGCUGACGGCAGCGGAUCCAAGGCUCGGGGGUGAGUUUGAAGAAGAGGAGAUGAGGAGGGUGAUGUUGGUUGGGCUAGCUUGUUCACACCCUGAUGCGAUGGCUAGGCCAAGUAUGAGGAGUGUAGUUCAGAUGCUAAUGGGUGAGGCUGAAGUGCCCAUUGUCCCAAGAAUGAAGCCAUGUACUAGUUAUAGCACUUCCCACCUUUUGAAGACCUUGCAAGAUAGUAGUAACUCUGACUAUAAUGCCAUGAUCACCACCAUAUCUAUCUCCUCAUCAGAGGAAAGCUUCAAUGACAUAGUUUGAUGGCAGAAAAAAAAAAUUAUUGGGGAUGGGAUCACAUUGGUUGGUUUUAAUUAUUUAUUCAUAAGUUCAUAAUGUAGAUAGAUAGAGAGAUGUGUGUAUUCAUUUCAUUUGUUCUUGUAUGUAAAUCACAAUGAACAUUGCGAUUAUAGGCCAUAAGAAAGCAAAGAAUUUUUGGCACACUUUUUG